GUAUCAUACAGGGUCACUUGCAUUUGGAUCAUUGAUUAUCGCCAUUGUCCAGCUGAUACGAGCCGGUUUGGAGUACCUUGAUCACAAGUUGAACGGGGGUCCUGGUCAACAAGGAGAGAUAGCCAAGUACAUUAUGAAGUGUUUGAAAUGCUGCUUUUGGUGUCUUGAGAAGUUCCUUAAAUUUCUUAACAAGAACGCUUACAUCGAGAUCGCGGUUUAUGGGAAAAACUUCUGUGUUUCAGCCAAAAAUGCUUUCUUUUUGUUAAUGAGAAACAUUUUAAGGGUUGUUGUCCUUGACAAAGUCACAGACUUUAUUCUCUUUAUUGGACAACUGUCAAUCACGUUUGGUGUGGGAGUUGGAAGUUUCUACUGGUUCAAGAGGCAGUCUAACCUCAACUAUUACCUUGCACCUGUCUUUGUAAGGACUAAUCGUGUUUGACUGAUUGUUUCAAAUUAUUGCUAAUGUAUAGUUA